UGUGGAUAAUCAAAAAGGGUGGCUGCAAUCGUAAAAAAAACGGCAAGUGAUUCGGUUGAUAGCGCGGCGUGUAGCAGAUUUCCACAUAAAUUUGUGUACUUAUUUUUCUGCAAAAGGCAAACAAAAGCAGUUCACUUGUAAAAUCAAUUAGUUUUUACAAAUACGCAGAAAACGUAUUGCAACAAAUUUUUAUUUUACUAAGUGGAAACAUAAAGAGUCGCAUAUACAGUGCAUAUAGAUUACAACAAAAAUUUGUAAUAAAUUCCCAAGCAAAUGAAAAAGGUGGUGUAAAUGUAAAGUGAAAAAAUAUAACAAAAAGCAACAAAGUAAAAGCAGUGAAGAUUUUGUAUGUGGCUAGUUUCUCCAAUGUUUUCUGCCCCCUUACCUAUUAUUGGUGUUUGUAAAAUAGUUGUCGAUAUUAAUGUGGUAUAAAUUAUUAUUACUAAUAUGCUAACAAAUUAACUUACGAGUCAAUCGUGCAGAAAUAAAUCUUGAUAAAGCCUGUGAAAAAGUGAAGUGAACAGACGAAACGGUAAAAUUGUUUAUUCGCAAAUAAAAAAAUAUAAGAAGCCUCAAACGCAUACAAAACAGUAAGCUGAAAAAAAUAUACAUAUAGCGGUAGAACAAAACAGUGAAUAUGCGCUAGUGGAACGUGUCUAUUACUGCUGUUGCUAUCACGAAUAAUUUUGCUUACCUGCACGCCGUCAAACAACUGCCCCUAACUUUUUUUAAAUAGACGUGUUUAUUUAGUUGCCGUACCUUGAAACUUGGAACGCUUGUCACACAUCUUAAACACCACAAUAUUCUCAACUCCAAACAUACUCUUAUUUAUUGGAUAUAUGCUUAAUGAGCUUGAAUAACUGCAAAAAAGUGAAAAAAUAGCUGUAAAUAUUUAAAAUACAAGCAUUGUUCCAAUUUCUUUAAGGCGGCUUAAAUUUCAUCCUGUUAAUUAUACAUCCGUGCACGAAAAGUUUAAAAUCCAACGCAAAAUUGCAAGUUUAGUUUUUUAAAGCUUUUAAUCGGCGUUUAAUAAAAUUUGGAAACGUUAUCGCUCUACGUUCAAUAAAUACGUAGAAAUAAUCUCAUGUUCUUAAAUAAAAUCUUAUAAAAAUACACAGUGUAAUUUAGAAGUGUAUAUUCGUGUAAAUGUCAGUUUAAAAGUGUUGUAAAAUAUAUAUCAAAAAUAUCAAUUUAAAGAAAAGUAGUAAUUGCAAGUAUUACAAUUGUAUAUUAUAAGUAAUACGAAAAGAAAGCAAAAAUUUCAUUCAAAUAAAUAAUAAUUGAAAGUUAAUAAAUUAAGAAUCAAAUUAACGAGUUCUCGAUUCGUACGUGUUUACUUUUACUGUUGUUUUGUGAAAUUUUAAUUCUUUUGUAUGGCAAAUUGUUGAAUGGCGGCCACUGUUGGCCCCAAAAGGCACACCGUGAACGGAAUAAGAGCCAAUCUCAAUCCCAAUCCCAAUCAUAGUCAUAAUCACAACAACAGCGGUCUUUUAAAUAGUCAUCAAAGCAGUUCAAACGCCAACGUCAACAACUGCUUUAGCAAUACCUCCAAUUCUCAACAAUUUGGUCAUAGAGCAGCAGUGCCCGUUGCUGCUGUUGCUCCUACGUCGCGUUCUCGUCCGCGUAUUUCAAUGAGCGUAUCAAUGUCACUCGUACAGGGAGGAGCUGCUGGCGGUGCCCCACAAGGUGCCAUUUUAGCUGCUGCAGCACCAUAUUAUCAACCGCCAGCUGUGCCACAGGAUGUGCAGCCGGAUCGUCCCAUUGGCUAUGGCGCCUUCGGAGUAGUAUGGGCAGUCACGGAUCCACGCGAUGGACGCCGCGUCGCACUCAAAAAGCUUCCAAAUGUCUUUCAGUCGCUGGUCUCAUCGAAACGAGUUUUCCGUGAAUUGAAAAUGCUCUGCUUUUUCAAGCAUGAAAAUGUACUCUCAGCAUUGGACAUUUUACAACCACCUCAUUUGGAUUUCUUCCAAGAAAUAUAUGUGAUAACCGAACUUCUUCAGUCAGAUCUCCAUAAGAUAAUCGUCUCGCCACAACAUCUCUCCGCCGAUCACAUUAAAGUGUUCCUCUACCAAAUAUUGCGCGGUCUUAAGUAUCUGCAUUCGGCGCGCAUACUCCAUCGUGACAUCAAGCCCGGCAAUCUGCUGGUCAAUUCGAAUUGUGUGCUGAAAAUAUGUGAUUUCGGUUUGGCGCGCGUCGAGGAGCCCGAUCAGGCCAAACAUAUGACACAAGAGGUCGUCACACAAUAUUAUCGUGCACCGGAAAUUUUAAUGGGCGCACGCCAUUACUCGUCGGCGGUGGAUGUUUGGUCGGUAGGUUGCAUUUUUGGCGAAUUGCUCGGUCGUCGCAUUCUCUUUCAGGCACAGAAUCCCGUACAACAGCUGGAGCUGAUCACCGAGCUGUUGGGCACACCAUCCAUGGAGGAUAUGCGUCACGCCUGCGAUGGCGCCCGCUCACAUAUGCUGCGUCGCGCACCCAAGCUGCCAUCAUUUUCGGCGUUGUACACGCUCAGUUCGCAUGCGACGCACGAGGCGGUGCAUCUGCUGUGUCAAAUGCUUGUCUUCGAUCCGGAUAAGCGCAUCACAGUGACGGAUGCUCUGGCGCAUCCCUAUCUGGACGAGGGCCGUCUACGCUAUCACUCGUGCAUGUGCAAAUGCUGUUUCACUACCUCGGCCGGCAUGCGUCAAUACACGCCCGAUUUUGAACCAUCAGCUGGUCAGCCAUUCGAUGAUCUGUGGGAGCGUAAAUUGACAUCGGUGCAGCAAGUUAAAGAGGAAAUGCACAAAUUCAUAGCGGAACAGCUGCAAACGGGACGAGUACCACUUUGUAUAAAUCCGCAAAGUGCGGCCUUCAAAAGUUUUGCUAGAUACGUUGAGCAAAUUAGGAAAUUGCAGAAAGAGCGCAACAAGCGAAAUCCCAUUGGCAUAACGCUCAUGCAACAGCUGGAGAUCGAUCGACGUCGACAACAACAACUAGAUCUUGAGGCGGCGCUUAAGUUCAUUAUGUAUACGCCGUCAUCGUUAGCGGACUCACCACCACCCAUUGCGAGCAAUGCAAGCACACCGUCCUGCAUCAAAUUGCCCAGCUUCAGUUCAUUCGACUAUCGCACACCGCCAACGCGCCCCGUGUCUCCGUUGAGGGACCCAUUCGAUUUCACGCUAAAUCUGACCUUGUGCUGGGAGAGCCAAGGCGACAGUGCAACGAAUACUGCCGAUGAGUCCACGGGUAGUGGCUCGUGAUUGCCACUCGGUUGUGUGGGUGUGUAUGUGCGUUUUAAUGACAUUCAUGCCAUAGCAACAUCUUGAAUGACAUCAAAGCGCGUCUAGUGCAACUAUGAACUCGUCGAGCACAACAACAAGAUUGUUAUUUACAUUGUAUUGUUUGAAGCGGCGCUGCAGCUCAGCAAAUUAGCAACAACAACAAAUUUAUUCAACCACUAUCUGUCUGCAUACAACAAAUGAUAUCUCUGAAUUAGUUCAACUGUAGCGCAUCCUUCCGAAUUGCCGCCAUCGCCGCACCAAUGGGAAUGACGGCAAAAUGAGGCCAUAGCCGCCUAAAAGUAGAUACUAAUUAACUACAAAUAAUAAAUAGAACAACAACAACAAAACAGCCAACAAUACCACCCAUCUUAACCAAAUUCUUUUCAUUUAAAUUUAAUUAAUGUAAACACAAAAGCAUAAACAAAUCAAGCAAGCUGCUAAAAUCGAGGAUAGCCAAUAUGAGCAAGAGGCUGGCAGCUGGCUGGCGGACGGAGAUGGAACAACAGAAACGCAGUAAGAUCGAUUAGAGCGCGAUAUGCAGCAGCAGCAGCAGCGACAGAGAACCAGAGAGUGACAGCGACAAAUAUAAUUAUAAUUAUAAUAAAAUAAUGUUAAUAGACUCGUAAUAUUUAAGGAUAAAGCAACGAUUUUAAUUUUUAAGUUGAAUGUGCGCCAGCAUACGCCGGGUAUGCAAGUGAAAAUGCAACUUUAAGAGGGAUGCCACACUUUCGAGAAAGUGCAACAAAGCAAGAAAACACAAAAGCGAGGCGCGGGGAGGCGGAAAAAUAUCUGCGCACGAUACUGACUAUUAGGAUUAUAAAUGUAAAUUAAAUGGAAUGUCGAAGGGGCAACAUGAUAAAUAAGAAGAAUAAGAAGGAAAAGGGGAAGAAAAACAUGAUAAAUAAGAAUAACAAGUGAAAGGCGAGGAGUAACACACUAAUCAUUCCAUCACCACCGAGCAAACACAAAACAAAGCAAACACAAUGCGAGCGGGCAACAGGAUUCCCGCACGUAAGAGACGAUGUGAGGCGAGUAACGGGACAAGACGAGUGAACCGAACGUUUGGAGCAACACUAGUCGUCAAAGAGGGAAACGGGAUUGAUAGAGAAGUAAUAUUAAAUGCAGCAACAAUAUUUACAGCGAACAGCAGAGCAGCAUAAAAAGCGCUGCCGAAGAUAAUGGAUGCACGAAGGAGCUGCUAGCAGUUAUGUGGCCGUAUAGUAGUGUGUCAGCACACUCUUGCGGUCAGAAAAAUCAGUCAGGGCGACAGAUACCGACACAUGCUGCAACAUGGAAGAAAAUCGUAGACAAAUACAAGGAAGAUAAAGGCAGCAGCACUUGCGCUCCUGCGGUCUGCGCGAGCCACACACGAAUCGAAGCAGUUACAAGAUGUUGCAGAAAAUAAAAAAGAAAGAAGAAGAAUAUAAAAAAGUGAAUUGCAUAAUUCAAAGCUGAUAAGUUUACAAAAGUGUUAAAUUGUAAAAAUUAAAUAUGUGUGUACAAGAAGGAGAGUACAGCGAGAGAGGAGGACAGUAAAUCUACAAACAUGUGUGUGAAAUGUAGCAAGAAAAAAAGCAAAAAAAAUUCUUUAAAACAACUUAACGAAAAGUAUUCACACCAACACGCAUACACAUAUACAUACCUAGAAGUGGUCGCAGAGGGACCAAAGCAACAAGGAAUAAUAAAAAUAUUAUAUAAAAAUGGUGUAAGCAACAAUAACAAAUAUUCGCAUAUACAUAAAUGCAUGUAUAGAGCUAGAGUGACGACGAAACAAACAGUAAGCAAGAAGCAAAAAAAAAAAUUU